CCAAGCUGAUUAGGCGGAGCUUUAUCACGGCAGUAUAAAAUGGGUCUCCCUCCUCCGCGGCCGACAGUUAGCUCUUUGCUCGACUACAGCGCGCACGCGCCUCGUGUUCUAUAAGUUGUUAUACAGUGUUAAUCAUGGUGAAGUUCGAAGGAGAUUUCAGUAUCAACUCGAUACUGAUGAACCACGCGGCGAACAAGCCGCCGCCGUCGCCGACCCCGUCGUCUACUGGAGCCUCGGCUGAAGCAGAUUUGAGUGACUCCGAACUCGACGUGACGGGAACCGAGCCCGUCGACUGCACCAAACCUAAAGAUGAAGACAGCGAAAAGAAACACAAGAAACAUGAAAAACCUGCAUACAGUUACAACGCUCUCAUUAUGAUGGCGAUCCGCAACAGCCCCGAAAAACGUCUCACUCUUAACGGAAUCUACGAAUAUAUCAUGACCAAUUUCCCGUACUACCGUGAGAACAGGCAGGGCUGGCAAAACUCCAUCCGCCACAACCUGAGUUUGAAUAAGUGUUUUGUGAAAGUGCCGCGCCAUUACGACGACCCUGGCAAAGGGAAUUACUGGAUGCUCGACGCUUCAGCCGAAGACGUGUUCAUUGGCGGCACCACUGGGAAGCUGCGCCGACGGUCGGCAUUGAACGGGCGUUCUCGCCUCGCCUGCUUCAAGCGGCCCCUAUUCCCUGGUGCACCCAUGCCUGGGGGCUAUCCCCCAGCAACCUACUCUCAACUAGUUGGAUUAUACUCUCAAUUGCUAUACCAGCGAUAUGCGCCAAUGCAAAUGAAGACUCCACCCGUGGCUCCGAGUGCAGUGCACCCAGGGUUCCGAGGCGAAAUAGGUUACAGUGCUUUACCUUACUCGCCCGCUUUGUAUUCUCCUGAGAGAAUGCCAACUAGCCCGUUCCUUGGACAGCAAUUGAUGCAAACAUCUCCUCUUCUGCCUGCAUCUCCGCCGCUGUCGGCUCAUUCUCCCCCUGCUUCUGGUUCAUCAAGCCCUGAAUUGCCAUCUCUUCCAUCUCCCUCGCACCACCCCCUAUCUCCACAUAUCUACAAGCCUGUGACAGUUUUGACGCGGCACUGACGCGGUUUGGACAUUUCCCGUGAAAACGGCCUUUAUCUGUGAUGUAGUAUUAGUGCAUGGACCAGUGGUUGAGGUUCUUUCAAUAGAAGAAUUAUGCCUGUUCCUGGCAAGGUAGCGUCAGAAUCUAUAUAAUUAUUAAAUUAUUAAGACGCGUCCUUUUUUGCCGACGGGACAGGUCUCUGUUUGUAAUCUGUAAUCUCUCUGUUUGCAAUAUUGUUAUUUACCUCAACAUCACAUUCCGCAAUUGUUUGUAUUUUUAAUUCUAUGUAAAUAAUUCCAAAGUGUAUAGAUAAUUUAUUGAAUAGUUUUAGAAUUAAGUUAAAAGAUUUAUGAUGAGUAAUAAAUAAACAGAAGUAUUGUCGAAAUAA